AUGCUCAUCUUCCCUGUCCUCAUAACGUUCCUUCUCGCCGCACCAUCAGCAGCAGAAAACCCACCAAGCAGUGCAAACGCAGCGUGCUCCCGUUUAAAACACCGGUUUCCGGAGCACACUUUUCUCCCUGGCACACAAGGCUACGCAUACGAAACGCAUUCGCCAUAUUGGUCAGCAACCACCUACAGCACCCCAUCCUGUGUCUUUGUACCCCAAAAUGCAGACCAAGUCUCGUACGCAGUUGCUACUGUGACGCUCACGCAGGUGAAGGUGGCGGUGCGUGGAGGGGGGCAUAUGCCGAUUCCCGGGUCAAAUGGUAUAGAUGGGGCUGGUGUGUUGGUGGCAUUGUCCAAUUUGACGGGGUUGGCGUUAUCGUAUGAUCAAUCUAUUGUAUCUGUUGGUCCGGGAAAUCGUUGGAGAGAUGUAUAUGCAUAUCUCCAGCCGUUUGGGCUUGCGGCUGUGGGGGGUCGCGUGGGGCAUGUUGGCGUGCCGGGCUUGUUGCUUGGAGGGGGGAUAUCGUUUUUUGCCUCCGAGUAUGGGUUUGCGUCGGAUAAUGUGGUUGGGUAUCAGUGUGUUUUGGCUAGCGGUCGCAUCGUCGAAGUAACAGCUACAAAUGCCUACGCUGAUAUCUUCUGGGCCUUGCGCGGUGGCGGUAACUCCUUUUGCAUUGUUACGAGAUUCGAUCUGCGGCCGGUACAAGGAAGUCAUGUACACGUCGGCAUUGCACAGUUUAACCAAUCCCAAGCAAACGGCUAUCUAGACGGCGUGUAUAAUUUCGGAAAAUACGGCGGACCGUCUGAUGCCAAAGCAGCCAUUAUUCCGACCAUUGUCACUGUGCCGGCCGCAAACAUAACCGUGUACGCAGCUGCAAAGUUCUACAACUCCCAGACGGAUAAUCCAAGGGUUUUCGAGAACUUCACCGCCCCCAGGCUCGUUCCUAUGGCCGAUUCCUACACCCUGCAGCCGCUAUCCGACUACAUCGCGCUGACAGAUUCGUUGCAACCUCUCGGGUUACGCCAGACAUUCCGCACCUUAUCUAUAGUUGUCGACCGGGAAGCCAUUCAGAUCAUACACGACACCUUCACUUCCCUCGUGUACUCGGAUUUAGCCAGGAUUCCCAACCUUCAAGCUUCGGUCACGUUUCAGCCCAUCACAAAGGACUUCCUCGCUCACAGCGCUAAGAACGGGGGUAAUCCCCAGGGAAUCGAUGUCGAUGAGGCGCCGUAUUUUUGGGUAGUCGAGAAUUUUACGUGGGGCGCUGCGGAAGAUGAUGGCGUUGUAUAUGCGGCGGCGGACAGGAUUACAGUGAGUAUUAACAGUCUUCUCCGUGAAAAGUCGUUAGCAGCGCGGUAUCUGUAUAUGAAUGAUGCAGGGAAGGGGCAGCCGGUAUUUGAAAGCUAUCCUGCUGCUAAUUUGUUGAGGUUGCAGUCAAUUCGUGCAAAGUAUGAUCCGCUAAGGAUUUAUACGGAUUUGAUGCCUGGGGGAUGGAAAGUAGCUCAUGCGAAUAUUGGAUAA